AUGGAGUUUUUAUCAGUUUGGGAGCAUGCCCGUAUUUACUGGACUCCAGCUGUUUUUUCGGCUAUUUCUUUAUUUGUCUUCGCCUGCACAGCUACUAAAAAGGCCCCAGUCGACAAGAGAAACCUUCAACAUAUAUCUGGAAAAUGUAAAGAACGUCUUUUCUUUGGUAACUUGAUCGUUCUCAUAAUUUCCUUGACCUAUCAAAUUGUUCUCUGGAAAUGGAAGUGGCAUACUGAGAAGUCAUACUUAUACUUCCUAAUUGUCAACCUCAUCAUGACAUCAGUAUACUCCUUUUUCAUGUCUGAUAAUCUGGUCAACGUCGUCUCAAAUUACCAAUACCAACACUUUAUUCCGAUCUUCGCUUAUCUUCCAACAUUGUACAUCUUUCCAUAUACUGCACCAGGGGAUAGCUGGCUUUAUAACUUGCAUCUCAAUUUCAUCAUGGCUGUAACUCUGGUCGAACUGCACACAAUUCUGACGGAUAACUUACGACUUCAUGUUCUACCAGAAAUCGAAACAGAGGAAGAAUUCGAGGAAUUCGUCGAAGAAGACGGCAUCGACUUCCCAGAUGAUUCGGCCAGUGAGACAUCAGAAGACGACUGGGAGAAGUUUGAAGACACCGGUUUCCAGAAACAAAGAAUUCCGUGUAGACAACUCUCAUAA